AUGAAUAUUAGAGAAUAUAUUUCGAAUGAUCUGGAAUUCAAUGAAAGAUUACCGAAUACGACAAGGCUAAUUCUAAUAAAGAUAGUUUUCUUGGUAUCAACUGGAUUUAUGAACUGGAUUACUAAUUGGAGUAAGAGCUACACAGUUUGCAUUGAAGCAACUAGAAUUAAAAAAUAUACCCUGCAACGCUUUGAAGAGAUACGAAGGGCACAUUUCACUCUUCGAUAUACCCCAAGUGCGAACAAUCCAGUGGAGGUUGCUACCAGAGGAAUUUCACCAAGUAAACUUAAAAACUAUCAACCGUGGUGGACAAGACCGCAGUGA